CAGAGCUUGAUGACGUCACACAGACGAAGCUACAUCCACCUGCUGGAUGGGCGACUGGCUCGCGGUCAGGAAAAUACAGCGGUACAAGAUUCCUGAUGAGAUGAAGCUGUGGUCCAUGCUCUUCGAACUUUAGCGGCUUGUGGACGUCAGGAUGCAGAUCCUGAUCGCGAAGGUGCUCGGCCUGCUGGGGGUGUUCGGUCUGAUGUUGGCCGGCAUCAUGAUCCCGGUGCGGCUCCUGCAGGUGGACUUCAACAAGGCACACAGAUAUCGGAAAGCACUGUCUUUGUGCAACUCGUUCGGGGGUGGUGUGUUUCUGGCGACAUGUUUCAACGCUUUGUUGCCGGCUGUCAGGGACAAGGCGGACGAUGUGUUCCGGCAGCUGAACAUCACCAAUGACUACCCGGUAGCUGAGACAAUGAUGAUGCUGGGCUUCUUCCUCACUGUCUUCGUGGAGCAAACCAUCCUCACCUUCAGGAAAGAGAAGCCGGCCUUCAUCGACCUGGAGACCUUCAACGCUGGAGGUUCCGAGGCUGGUAGUGACUCAGAGUACGACACUCCCUUUAUCUCCUCAGCGAGGGCUGCAGGCAGUGGUCGCCACAACCACGGGCACCAGCACGGACACUUCAACCCAGCUGAGUUGGCGGGUGCAGGUCCGCUGCGACUGGCAGGUCUGGUGUUGGCUCUGUCGGCUCACUCAGUGUUUGAAGGUCUGGCGCUGGGCCUGCAGGAGGACGCGGCCAAGCUGGGCGGGCUCUUCCUGGGUGUUGCGGUGCACGAGACCCUGGCUGCCGUCGCUCUAGGGGUGAGUGUGGCCAAAGCAGCACUUGGCAUGAAGGACGCUGCCAAGCUGGCUGUCACUGUCAGCGGGAUGAUCCCUCUGGGGGCAAUGGUGGGAAUGCUCAUCCAGUCAGCACAGACAUUGGCAGGCAGCAUUGUGUCCGUCGUCCUGCAGGGGCUCGCUGCCGGAACCUUCUUGUUUAUAACAUUCUUUGAGAUCCUGUCGCAAGAGCUGGAGGACAAGCGAGACCGGCUGCUCAAAGUCCUCUUCCUCAUCCUGGGCUACGCGGCCCUGGCUGUCCUGGUCUUCAUUAAGUGGUGACGGUGGAUCUCAGAAUGGAAGAAUAAAUGUUCAGCAGCACAUUAAUCAUCACAGUUUUAACUAUGCUGCUUUUCUGAAGCUUCUUGAGUGAGAGCGAUGUCAUCAGUGAACACAACUGAUGAUGCAAUGAGUCAUCGGUACACAAUUCUUCUGAUCUGACAAGCUUGAAGUUGGAUUCUCAAUUCUGAAGCUGCAUGAGGCUAUCUUGAACACAGCAGAUAUGGCUUCAUCCACAAGUCAUCAUAUUCUACUGAAUGCGUGUCAGUUGGAUCAACAUCUCCAAAUCGCUCUUCCCUCCUGCCUUGAAGGCAGAAGGCCUCCAUCGUGAACUGGUAUGAGAAUGCUUUCAUUUUAGAACUGUUUGUGGUACAGUUGAUGUUGGUAGGAAGGGCAUUUUUGUGGUGAUCCUUCUCACACUCCAGGUUCUUUAUAUUCCUCCUCCAACCGGUGCUUCAGCCUUGACUGUCAAUAACUGCUGUGCUCCAGCGCAAAGUCUCCCCUGAAGUUCCCUCCUGUCACACACUGGAUGUGCAUGAGCAGUUCCUUUACCUCCUGCUCCAGGUUCUCUGUCUAGGGUUAAUAGUGUGGGGCUGUGAGUGACAGUCGUCCUUUUCAGGGUGGGAUACAGAGACCUAGAAGUCUCUCGGUCCCCCGCUCUUUUUUGAAACUUUGAACCCUAAUGUCAAUUUAAAAGUCUAAAACAAUCAUUUCUGGAAUUGGGAAGUUAAUAGGCCACGCUUCUAGCAUUUUUCUAACAGAAAAGUUGGUUGUUAUUACGGGCAGAGUUGUACGUUGAAAUCUGUGAAAUGAUACACUUUGUAAUUAAAUUUGAGCUGGUAAAAGACAGAUAUAUCUUCAGUUAUACUCUAAUUAAGUCAGCUCAGUUAAACCUUUGUUGUUUUUGAUAAAAGACAUAUCAUCCAAAAUGUAUUCCAUGUUCUGCUGAUCAGUCAAGUGUGUAGGUCGCUUGUUGUGUGCCUGGAUUUUGCACUGAAACUAGUUUGUCGUUAUUUUAGGAAACAGUCAAAGCUCAAUGCCUUUCCCUCAGUCUACAGUAUAUCCAUGUGAGGUUUUUUAGAUGUUUUUAUGUUGUGAUUUUGUAUUUAUUCAUUUUGCUGUACGAUUAAAAGAAACCCAUGAUUUAUGAACUGAACCCACUGGAAGUGAGGUGUUUUUUUUUCUCUGAAGAGUAUCGACAAUCAAAAGGUGAGUUGCUGCUGGAAUUGAUGGGAUUGCUUUAAGCACACUUUUAAUGAACCUACAUGUUUGUCAGAUGGAGGUAAUUCUACUGCCAUAAGAGGAAUUUGGUAGCAGCGACUACGUGUCGUAAACGCUCGCAUGUUGGGUAAGCAAAAUAGUUGAAAUGCAAUUAUACACCCUUUCUGGUUAACUGACAAAGGAAAUGUGAAUGAUUCUUGCUUCGGCUUCUCCCUUCAGGGGUGGCCACGUCGUAUCAUCCUCCUCCAUCUCACUGCCCUCUGCUUCCUCUUCUCUCAAACCUAAAAACCUCAUGUCCUCCUUCACCACCUCCAUAAAUCUCCUCUUUGGCCUUCCUCUCCACCUUCUGCCUGGCACUUCCAACCUCAAAGAAAAUCUCAGUUUAGGACAGUUUAGUUCCUAAGGGGCCCCAUUACAUACUGUGACAUUUUUUUCAAGUCUUAAUAUGAUCUUAAUUUUUGUGACAAAGUGUUAUAAAUUAAGAUGAAAGACUGUUGGUGUAUGUUUGAUGUGGGAUUGAAAUUAUGUUCAUUUAUUCAUUGCAAAAUGAGGAGGAAGCAUAAUUAAUCCAUGAUGUUGUAUGGUUAAUAUGAAAUGAAACGUAUUAUAUGCUUAUAUUUUAUAGAAUCAGAAUAAAGUUAUUCUGAUUCUGAUUAUAUAAAAUAUAAGCGUAUUAUACAUUUCAUUUCAUAUUAUUGUCAGUAGUAAUCAUAUAACCACUUUUUACGAGGUGUUUUCCGCUUUUUCUUUGUUUAUUUUUAUGGAAGAGAAAUAUUUCAUUAUUGUUAUUAUUAUUAUUAUUAUUAUAUGGCUUAUAACAACUAUUUUUUUAAACACAAAUGGCUAUUAAUUGUGGAUGAAUUUAUUAUUGUUUUUUGUAAAAGUGCCGUUUCAUUUGUAGUUUUGAUCUGACUUCACGUGGGCCACAUAAAUGCAGGCAAAGGGCCUCAUGCAGCCCACAUCUGAUCUAGUCUGAUGAGUAUGUUAAAAAUUACAAACAUUACAUAAAAACCAUUACUAAGGGGAAAUGAUGAUGUCAUGUUUAUGACUUUUAUUCUAGAUGGUUAAAACUGUUGGCGUCACAUCAUGAAGUUUAUGUGCCUCUGACUGACCCGGUGGAGUCAAUGUCGGCAAGAAAUCUACUGUAGGAGAAAUGUGUUUACUUGUUUGCAUGUUACGAGAACAGGUGAGCAGCAGUGGACUUAACUGCCAGGUACUGACCACCACCCUGCACAAGGUCACAGGCAGUGAGGCAACAUUCACAGUCCUAAUCUGCACUGUCACACUGACCACCAGCAGGACUGAUUUAGAAGCAGGACACAGUUCCUGGUAUCACACAGGAUCAUUCUUCAGCCAGUCUGCGUAUUUCUGGAGUCACUGCUGCAGGCAAGGUUCCUGUCUGGAGCAGAGAUGAUCUGAUUAGCACGGUGCUGUGAUUGUGAGAGUCCAGAAACGAGUCCUUACGUCAUUGUCUUGAACUCUGUGUUCUCAUGACGAGUCAGUCACGGCCUCACGCUUGCUUGAGAGAUUCAUAGGACCUGAAGCAUCAUAAGCAACAUGUCUGAUUCACAACCGAUUGAGUAGACCUUUGUGCAACAGUGCUGGGCUGUGGAAUUAAUCCUUCUACUCAGGUGGAGCCAAGACUCGGAUGAGAGUCUCUGUUGUUCUUGUGUUUAUUCACUGUGAUGUAAUAGAUUUUUUGUUGUUGUGAGCUGGAUUUAACAUUGCUGGCCAGACAUGCAAUUUCCUACUGAAAGCUACCUCGCUUUUAGAAAUUGUAUUCAGUUGUUUUUACAUUUCUGUUGCAUAUUGGUUUACCAGAUGAUCAGUUGCAUUUUUAUUGGUGUUUUAUUUGAGUGGGGGUUAUUGCUUACCAAAAGUCAACCCAUAAAUCAGAUGCAUCCAUAAGAAAACAAAUACAAAAAAGUGAAUGUAAUAAAAAAUAAAAUGGUGUCUAAAUGGAAAAUUUCAUUUGUGACGGUGGUCAUAAUGUCUCUUACAAUACAUCAUGAAAUACUUUACGCGUAAGCCUGGCUGAGGCCUUGGUGACCUCCAGUGAUCUGCUGCCCUGGCUAGCCAGGUAAAAAGGUUGCCAGCGCAGUCCUUCAUUGAUAGCGCGCAUUUCACUCUGAUGGUCCUUGUUGAAGUGACCCCUAGCGGACGUCAGCGGGUU